CAAUUGUGUUUUGGAUUCCUUGCCGUGCGGAUCGCAAACGCGAGUUAAUGGGAAGAGCGUAUCUAACCACGUACAAAUGAGCAAAAAGUAAAAAAAAACACACAAACGUUAGUGCUUUUACAUUUUUUUAACUGUGUUUUCCGAUAUACAAUAUACACAUAUUUGAAACGGAUUUUAAAGUGUUUUUAUACAACAACUCCAAACGUAUCUAUGUGCGAGUGUUGUGUGCGUGUGUGAGUGACAGAGCUGCCAGAUCGCGAGUUAUGAAAGCGCAAGCGUCGCACGCAAGUAGCAACAACAGCUACAAAUAAAAAAAAAAAACACCUAAAAACUAAAAACACACAGCAGCAGCCACACAAAUAUAUAUUUUUGCUACUAAAAAAAAAGAGAACUUAGAUAUUUUUACCACCAAAAACGUUAUACAAAAGCUACCCUAAAACUAAUAACCAUGGAUAGCAGCAGCAGCGAUUCUGGAGCUUUGAACUUCAAGCGACCCAAGGAUUCUUCGGAGAAUUCUACAAAUAACAAUAAUAACAAUGCCACCUCGGGCGGCAGUCCCAAAAUGGGCAGUCGUAGGAUUUUCACGCCCCAUUUUAAGCUGCAAGUUUUGGAAUCGUACCGCAACGAUAAUGAUUGCAAGGGCAAUCAAAGGGCCACGGCCAGAAAAUACAAUAUUCACCGCCGGCAAAUCCAGAAGUGGUUGCAAUGCGAGUCCAAUUUGCGUUCGUCGGUGGCCAACAAUCAGCAGCAGCAGCAGCAGCAGCAGCAGCAACAACAGCAGCAGCAGCAACAGCAACAGCAACAACAGCAACAUCUCCCGCAGCAAUCGGUAUCGCCCACACCUGCAGUCAAGGUGUUCCAUCAGCUGAGCCAUCCGUUGGUGCAUCAAUUGCAUCACCAUCAUGCCGCCGCAGUGCAUCAUCAUCAUGGACAUGGACACCAUGCUGCCGCUGCCGCCCAUCAUCAUCACCAUCACCAUCAUGCUGCGGCAGCAGCAGCAGCAGCGGCGGCAGCAGCAGCGGCAGCAGCGGCCCACCAUCAUGCCGCCCAUCACUUGUUGGCCGCCAAUGGCAUCGUGCCACACCCCCUGGCCGCCCAUCCACACCUCCAUGUCCCGGUGGCCAUUCAUCCACAAAUGCAACAUCAAAAGGAGCAGCAGCAGCAGCAGCAGCAACAGCAGUUGCAGCAGGAGCAGCAACAGCAGCAGCAGCAACAGGAGAAGCUGCAGCAGCAACAGGAAGCACCAGCAACUGUUCCCACAAAUGGCAGCAAUCAGGGCUCUGCAAGUGUCCUUUCGGCUGCCAAAAUAGCCGCUGUCGUUGCCGCCGCCAUGGCCACCAGCAAUGGCAACAAUGGCAACAAUACACCCGCAACAGCAACACCAAUCCCCGCCAGCAGCAGCAACACUGUGCCCAGCAGCAACAGUAGUUGCAACAACAACAGCAGCAACAGCAAUAGCAACAGCAACAGCAACAGCAACAAUAACUGCAAUAGCAGCAGCAAAGCCAACAACCAAGUGCCAAUACAAGUGCCAAUCCUGAGCGGAUCCCCCGGCGGAUCCUCCAGUCACAUUCCACACAUGCCCUACUCCUACCACCACCACCAUCAGCAUCAGCAUCAACAUCAGCAUCAUCCACACCAACACCCACACCCACAUCCACAUCCACAUCAUAACCAUGGUUAUCUGGAGAGCCGUUUGGAGGCGGUAGUUACCCCGGCACCCAUGGACUUGUCCCUCGGAUCCUCUGCCCGCCGUCAAAUGCAACUGAACGACAAGGAUCCCUCGGGUGUGGAUCUCACCUUCCGCAAGCGCAAGGUCAUCACCAAUCCCAUGCAACCGGAUAAGAUCAGUAAGCUGGAGGAUCACAUUAAGAAGGAACCCGAAACGGAGGCGGACAACGAGGAUGUGGAGGUGGAUGUGGAUGUCGAGACGGAGCAGCCCGAGGAGCACAAGCUGCCCUCCAAGCAGGUGAAGCUCUUCAAGCCCUAUCUGCUGGACGAUGAUGAGGAUCACCAGCACCAGCACCACCACCAGGAUUUGGAUGAGGGCGCUGGCGAGGAGGAGCAUGACGAGGAUGAGGAAUACCGCGAUGCCGACGACGAUGAGGUGGACACCAAGGAGGCGGCAGACAAGAAGCAACAGCGUCGCCUAAAGAAGAAACCAGCGGUGAUCAGCGAGCAAAGGGAGCCCAUCAUCUGGAGCAAUCAUCCGUAUCCUGGCGGUUGUCUAUCCCCGGGCAGUUCCACCACUACCACCACCACCAGCAGCAGCAGCAGCAGCAGCUUUCACUGCCAUCCAAAUCCGAGCAUGCAACAGCAACAACAGACAUUUCCCGUCGGGAGUCCUAGCCAGCAAUUUCAGGAUAGCAACAAAGCCACGCCCACCACCCCACUCAGCCCCUUCUCGGCGCCCGCCCUCUCGCCCACUGGCUUCUGCUGUCCCAAGGGAUCGCCCGUUUCCGGUUACGAGAGCAGCUCAUCCACCUACAGCGACAGCGGCAGCAGCUACAGCCUCAAUCUCCAGCUGCAUGCCGUCUACAACGACAAUCUGAUGUACAUGCAACAACAGCAGCAACAGCAACAGCAACAGCAACAGCAGCAACAGCAACAGCAGCAACAGCAGCAGCAACAGCAACAGCAGCAGCAGCAACAUCAGCUGCAACAUCAGCACCUGCAACGCUGGCUGGAUCAGGAGUCUUUGGCCCACACAACGAGGACACCGCUGAUCCUUGUGGCAGAUCCCACGCCCACAAACCUGACCCUGGUGGCCUAAGAAAUAUCGUAGACACUAAGCAAGCAGCAAUCCCACCAAUCGGAUGUUAUACUGGCAGUCACUGGGCCUGGCCUUUUAGUUCCCUAAGCCAUAAUUUAGAUUAAAUAAAACGUUUUUUUUUAGCCCUACCAACUAGGUUUUACCUUAAAAAAUGUUAUAUCUAAGCGAGAACAUGUAUCUUCCAAGCAUAUCAGCAAAAAAAAACCCCAACCUUAGGAUUAGAAUAUUGAUUUUUUUUUUUGAUUAACUACUAAGAACAAAUUAAGCUUAAGUUCAGUUCAGUUUCUAUUUCUAUUUCUAUUUUUUUUUUUUUUUUUUGUGUAUUAGCAUGUGUAUAUAAUUGUGUACAAAAACUAAAAACAAAGCGAAACAUUUGGAUUUGCUUAAGAAUUUCAACGCUAAAUUUAAUUUGUAAAACGCAAAGGGGAGAGAGUAUAUAUUAGUUAUUAAAAUGUAAGUGAGAAAAAUGUGAAAAACGCAACUGGAAAAACUGAGAAAAUUGUUAAGAGUAAAGCUUUAAAAAUGAAACGAACACACACCUUUACAAUACACACUUUUUUAUUUGGAAAUUGAAAAUUGAAAAUUCUUGUGAUAUGAACAAACAACAAAACAAAAUUUUAAUAAAAUUGUUGAAAACUGAAGCUUAAUGAAUAUUUAGCAAUAUAUAUAUAUAUAUAUAUAAAUAUAUAUUUACAAAC